ACUGACCACCCAGAAAUGGCCGGGGAUCUCCAUCCGUACUGGGUCCUGCCGGGGAACGUUGAGCCAAACGUUCCCCAGCGUCCGGAUCAGGGCAAAGUUUUGGUGAGCCGGCAAGGGGGCCACUCGAAUACGGAAAGAGAGGCAGCACCCAUUGUUUGUUACCAGCACUUCUAUGAGCCGUGCGGCAACACACAGGUACAAGAGAAGCUCACCAAAGGCGGGAGAGAAAAGACAUGCCCAGAGUGCGGGAAGGCCUUUCGGUGGAGGGCUGAAUUGCUCGCCCACAAGAGGAUUCACACCGGAGAGAAGCCGUACGAGUGCCUGGACUGCGGGCGAAGCUUUAGCUACCAAUCCCGCCUCAUCACCCACAAAAAGAUGCACACGGGGGAGAAGCCGUACAAGUGCCCCGACUGCGGGAAGAGCUUCAGCCGGCAGCCGCACCUCAUGUCGCACGAGAGAGUCCACACGGGGGAGAAGCCCUACAUGUGUGCCGAGUGCGGGAGGAGCUUCAGCGACAGGUCUAACCUGAACACGCACAAGAGGACCCACACCGGGGAAAAGCCGUACCGGUGCUCGCACUGUGGGAAGAGCUUCAGCCAGAGCUCCACGUGCAUGAAGCACGAGAGGAUCCACACGGGGGAGAAGCCCUACAAGUGUGGGGAGUGUGGGAAGAGCUUCUGCCAGCGAUCGCAGCUCACCAACCACGAGAGGACCCACAUGGGAGUGAAGCCCUACAGAUGCUCCGUCUGCGGGAAGGAGUUCAGCAGGAGGACGGACCUCGUCACUCAUCAGAGGAGGCACACGGGGGAGAAGCCCUACAUGUGCCUGGAGUGCGGGAAGAGCUUCGGCGCCGGGUCAAGUCUCAGCGAGCAUAAGAAGACCCACACGCGGCAGAAAGCGCAUCGGUGCUCGCACUGCGAGAAAAGCUUUGCUCAUGCUGCCGACUGUACGAGGCACGAAAGAAGCCACGCGACACAGGAGUCGCAAACCGUUGGGUUGGUCCCAGGACUGUCUGUGGGCACUCCGUGUUUAAAUGGCACCUCUGUGAUCAUUUCCUCCUUAUUCCGCUGUGGGAAACCCAAGCGGAGUUUGAAUUUCCCAGGCGCGGCCAAGGCGAAAUCGAAGGAGGAGAAGGGGCGGAAGAAAGCCUUGCAAAAGGGAUCAGAAAGGAAAAUGGCCACCGAGCCAGGAGAUACACUGGCCUUGAGCCUACCGCCCGGUGCUGUGCUAAAGCAGAGGAUGAAAGUGGAGGAGCCGGACCCAGCCGAAGUGGGAAAAGGCCUCGGGAAAGACUCUCGUGCCGUGCAGGAUGGGAGUAUGGGGGAAUUCUGGGAGAGAAACGUGUCGGGCCACGUUAAGCAGGAGCCACAGAAGGGGCUGCAGCAGCCAUGGGAGACCCAGCUGCAGGAGUUCCUCAGAACGAUGGAGUCUUCCCACUCCGACGGGAGAAACCCGCGCCAGAGGACAUUGGCGUUGCGGGAUGAGGCCCAAGUUGGCCUGUCUCCAGGUGACGCCAGGCCACGCCAGGUCCCUUUCCUGCCACAUCCCGGAAGAGAAGCCAAAGAGGAGAGAGAGAUUGGGAAAGUGAAGGAGGAAGAAGCUGCUUCUGAUGCACCGCGGCAAAACUUCCGGCAGUUCAGCUACCAGGAGGGGCCUCGAGAGACUUGCACCCGGCUCCGGGUGCUUUGCCACCGGUGGCUGAAGCCAGAGAGACACACCAAGGAGCAGAUCUUGGAGCUGGUGAUCCUGGAGCAGUUCCUGGCCGUCCUGCCCUCGGAGAUGCAGAGCUGGGUCAAGGAAUGUCGCCCGGAGACCUGCUCCCAAGUCGUUGCCCUGGCAGAGGAGUUCCUAUUGAGGCAGCAGGAGGACGAGAGACUCGGAGGGAAGGAGGCGGUACGGGCCUUCCCUGAGAUGGAACGGGCUCCACCAGAUACCUGGCCGACGCCUCACUUCAGGGAGAUCAAGCAAGAGACUGACAGAGAUGCCACCUUGCUUGCAUGUUCUGCGGGGACACGUCGGAAGGAGAGGAAUCGGUCGGGCAAUCCUGAGGAACUGGAGCCGUUCGUAGCGUUGUCAAGGGAAGAAGAGCAGAACAUCGCUGGUCAAGCGGAGGACUCUGAGAGCCUGCAAGGAAACAAACCAGAAGCACAAGGCGGGAAAUUCAUUAAUUCUGAGGGUGGGUACGAGGACCUUGAUGACAGCAUCAUGCCACAGGCAGCCGCCCUGAAAGGUGGGCGGGAAAACACAGGGGUUCACUUGGGGCAAGUCCUCAGGCUGGGGUCCGAUCUCAUAGUGCACGAGAGGACACUGACAGGAGAGUCCCAGUACAAAUGUUCGGUUUGUUGGAAAACCUUUUGCCGCAGGAACGUCCUCAUCACUCAUCAGAGAAUCCACACCGGGGAGAAGCCGUACAAGUGCUCGGACUGCGGGAAAAGCUUCAGCCAGCGGUCGCACUUGAUCUUGCACGAGAGGACUCACACCGGGGAGAAGCCCUACAAGUGCUCGGACUGCGGGAAAAGCUUCAGCCAGAGGCCCCACCUGGUCAAGCACGAGAGGAUCCACACCGGGGAGAAGCCCUACAAGUGCCCCUACUGUGGGAAGAGCUUCAGCGACCGCUCCACCCUGACGACCCACAAGAGGACCCACACGGGGGAGAAGCCAUACUCCUGCGCCGACUGCGGGAAGAGCUUCAGCGACCGGUCAUCUCUGAUCGCGCACAACCGGACUCACACGGGCGAAAAGCCCUACAAAUGCUCAGAGUGUGGGAAGAGCUUCAGUCACCAGUCGACCCUCAUUCGACACGAGAGGAUCCAUAACGGGGACAAGACCCUGAAGUGUUUGGAAGCUGGGGGAAACACCGUCUCCGUCUUGGGGGCAGAUAAGAGACCCCGCUUGGGGGACAAGCCCCCACUGCCAUGGACCAAUUCUGUGAGCUGGGGAGAGCCUCUGUCUCUGAGCCUCAGCAAUGCCCCUUCUGAAAAAUCGACUGAGGGUGGGGUGGGGGUGGAAAUGGCUGCGGAGUCCAGAGAUACGUCGGCGCCAGGUCUUCAGCAGGCCGAGCGAGAGAAGAGGGUGGGGGAGCAGAACCCCGCGGGGCCCGAGGCGGGGAAAGGCGGAGGGAGGGGCCCUUGUGUCAUCCGUGCGGAGAGCAUCCGGGAUUUCUGGGAAAGAACUGCCCCUGAGGAAGUGAUCCGGGAGCCCCGCAAAGGCCUGCAGCAGCGGUGGGAAUCUCAGCUGCAGGAGUUCCUGAAGGCCUUGGAGUCCCCCCAGGCGGACGGGGGCAGCCCACAACUCCCAAGAAACAGUGCGCAGACUUCCCUGCCCCCUUUUGAUGGAAUGGCUGCCACCAGCCGGCGGCCUAGGUGGGAGCCAGACCCCCAAACCCUGCCUCGUCGGAGCGGAGGAGCCUCCCAGGCCGAGAGGGGCCUCCUGGCCAAAGACAAGCCGGACUGCAGGAAGGCCCAGGAGGCUGCCAGCUCACGUGAAGAGUGCCGCCUCUUCCGGCAGUUCGGCUACCAGGAAGCGGAAGGGCCCCGCGAAGCUUGCCGGCACCUCCGGAGGCUUUGCCACCAGUGGCUGAAGCCGGAGAGGCACACCAAGGAGCAGAUCCUGGAGCUGGUCAUCCUGGAGCAGUUCCUGGCCAUCCUGCCCACGAAGAUGCAGAGCUGGGUCCGGGAGUGCAGCCCCCAGACCUGUACCCAGGCAGUGAUCCUGGCGGAAGAUUUCCUGCUGAGGCGGCGGGAGGACGAGGGGCGGGUGGGAGAGCAGCAGACAAUCCGCCCAUUUGCGGAGGAAGACUCUGCGGAGAAGGCUCCUCCGAACACCUGGCAGAGGCCGCUGCUUGGCGGGAUGAAGGAGGAAAGCGAAGGAGACGCCCCCUUGCUGCCAGGUGACGAGAAGUUGUGCAGCCCGGAGAAGAAUGACCCGGAAGCUUCCGGAGAGCUGGAGCCACGUUGGAUGUUGUCUGGAAGGGUCGAACAGACCGUUCCCCACUGCCCCGGUCCAGGGGAACCUUCCGAGAUGCUGUACGGCGGGAUCUGCCUGGAGCGAGAAGCAGGGAAGUUCAUCAACUCCCAGGGGACGUACGAGGACUUGGACGAGAGCGCCAUGCAGCCGGGGACUCUCCUCCUCCCCGGCGAGAGGGAUAAUGCCUGCCACGUGUGCGGGAAGGUCUUUCGGCGGCGCUCCAACCUGAUCGCGCACGAGAGGAUCCACUCGGGGGAGAGGUGGUACAACUGCUCUGAGUGCGGGAAGAGCUUCGUCAGCCGGGCCGCCUUCCUCAUCCACCAGCGAGUGCACACCGGAGAGAAGCCCUACAAGUGCUCCUACUGUGGGAAGGGCUUCAACACGGGCUCCAGCCUCAUCCGCCACAAGAGGAUCCACACGGGGGAGAAGCCCUACAAGUGCCCCGAUUGCGGGAAGCGCUUCAACGACUACUCCAACUUCAUCGUCCACAAGAGGAUCCACACGGGAGAGAAGCCCUACGAGUGCUCUGUCUGUGGCAAGCGCUUCAGCGACAACUCCAACUUCAUCAAGCACCACCACUGAGAGGUUGGCGGG